GGGUUCUCGAGGGCGGGAGCGGCGCAGGCUGCACUCCGCCCGCUCGCUGAGCUGCCGCCGCCACCACCUCCACCACCGCGCCACAGUCCGCUGGGUGCCCUAGACCCCGGCCCCGCCGUGCCUGAGCACUCCUGCCGCCGCCCAGGCCAGAGCCGGGCCUGGUACACAAGAAUAGCCACCAGACAGCUGCUCUAGCACGCGUGGAGAGACACCGGUGGCCGGCGUGCCCAGACCGCGGAGCGGAGACCCGGGAGACCCCAGCAGAGCUGUGCAGACCGCACCCGGGUAGGGACCUAAGGCGGAGAGGACAGAUCCUGGCAGGGUUGCUGUAAAGUCAGGGGUCAACAUGACUGAACGCUUUGACUGCCACCAUUGCAAUGAGUCUCUGUAUGGCAAGAAGUACAUCUUGAAGGAGGAGAACCCGCACUGCGUGGCUUGCUUCGAGGAGCUCUAUGCCAACACAUGUGAGGAGUGUGGCACACCCAUUGGCUGCGACUGCAAGGACUUGUCCUACAAGGACCGCCAUUGGCAUGAAGGCUGCUUCCACUGCUCCAAGUGUGGGAGCUCGCUGGUGGACAAGCCCUUCGCCGCCAAGGAGGAGCAGCUGCUGUGCACUGACUGCUAUUCCAACGAGUACUCGUCCAAGUGCCAGGAGUGCAAGAAGACCAUCAUGCCAGGUACCCGAAAGAUGGAAUACAAGGGCAGCAGCUGGCAUGAGACCUGCUUCACCUGUCAGCGCUGCCAGCAGCCCAUCGGAACCAAGAGCUUCAUACCCAAGGACAACCAGAACUUCUGUGUGCCCUGCUAUGAGAAGCAGUAUGCCCUGCAGUGUGUGCAGUGCAAGAAGCCCAUCACCACAGGGGGUGUCACUUACCGGGAACAGCCCUGGCACAAGGAGUGCUUCGUGUGCACAGCCUGCAAGAAGCAGCUGUCCGGGCAACGCUUCACAGCCCGGGAUGAGUUUCCCUACUGCCUGACCUGCUUCUGUGACUUGUAUGCCAAGAAGUGUGCUGGGUGCACCAACCCCAUCAGUGGUCUCGGUGGCACCAAGUACAUCUCCUUUGAGGAACGUCAGUGGCACAAUGACUGCUUCAACUGUAAGAAGUGCUCCCUGUCCCUGGUGGGGCGGGGCUUCCUCACCGAGAGGGACGACAUCCUCUGUCCCGACUGUGGGAAGGACAUCUGAAGGCAGCGCAGCAGCCACACCUCGUGUUGCAGAGAUUCUGAUGUUUUCUUUUGUAGCCAGGCAAUGCUGUGUUCCGGUUCCCACCAGCCACCACGAGGCUUCCUCUCAAUGUCCCCAGCUUCAUGUUCAUUGAAAUCCUUUAGUUCUCUGCGCCACUUCAGUCCCAGUGGGGACUGUAAACCCUGGAUGAGAGGAUGCCUUGGAAUUUUGUAGAGACGCAAAGCAGAUUACAUGAAACAGUCCUCCCGAGUGUCUUUAAAAAUGCAUCCUUCUUUCACUGCCUAUUUAAUUUUUAAGUGCAAUUAACAUGUGUUAUGAAUGUGUUUUCAAGGGAGAGGUCAGAUUUGCAGCUUUGUAAUAUCCUUUUUGUGUAAAACCCAGAGUAAGAUUUAGAAUAAAAGUUAUUCAGAAUAAAACCUUUGGUCCAGUAUGGUGUGUGAAAUAAUGAUGAAAUGUUAGGGUCUCCCUUUAAAUAACACUUUUCUGGGAGGGCCACUGACCACUGCCUGAUGGGUCAGAGUGUAGGUUGGGCUGGGGUAGUAUUCAUCAAAACUCCACCACACCGUUUCAAGAAAGCCUUCUGGUAGCACCAUGCCUCUGUCACUAACUUUUCUUCCUCACAAGCUCUCCUUCUCUUGGGACACAAAUAUUCUACAUUUAAUUCAUGAAUCUAUGCUCCGGGAUAUGAAUGGCAGGAGACCCAGCUUGGCUCUGUCCCAUCAGCGCAGACUUGUGUAAGCCAACGGUUCUCAAUCUGUGGGGUCAUGACCCAUGGGGGGGCUGUCGAAUGAUCCUUUCAUAGGGGUUACAUAUCAGAUAUCCUGCCUAUCAGAUACUUACAUUACA